AUGCCGCAACUGACGGAGCCGAAUAACCUUCCUCCCCAGCCAUUCAAUGCGACAUAUAAAUUUCAAAACACCACUCUACGUCAAACAAUCCGCAUCAACUACCCAGCUACGCGGAUCCGUCUCCGAAUAUCCAAUGCGUUUGGGACUGGAGAUCUGCCAAUUUCGAAAGUCGCCAUUAGUCGGACCAAGAAUGAUACUUUAGGCGUUCAUGAGAUUCUGUCCGAUACAACAGAGGGUAUCUUAUUCAGUGGAAACCCGGACAUCAUUAUUCCAAAUGGCGCCUUGGCGGUGUCUGAUCCUAUCAAGUUUCCAUUAGAAAGAGCGCAGGAGACGAUUACCGUGGAUAUUUAUCUUGAUAACGGCCAAAGUGGCGGGAUCACGGCCCACCCAUCAAGUCGGACGACGUCUUGGUUGGCACUGGGCGAUUGGGUUGGAGAACCAACUUUGAGCGAUGCGGAUGCGAAGAGCGUGGAUCAUUGGUACUUGAUUAGUGCCGUCGAGGCCCUUCUCCCCAAUAAAGCGCACAGCUGCGUCAUCAUUGGCGACAGCAUCACGGACGGACGGGGAAGCGAGACGAACAAGAACAAUCGAUGGCCCGACCUCCUUAUCCCCCGCCUACAAAAAAGCCCAUCAACAUCCUCCCUCGCUAUCCUCAACCAAGCCGUCGGCGGCAACAAGCUCCUAUCCGACAACGUAGGCCCAAACGUCCUCAGCCGCAUAGACCGAGACAUUCUCGCACAGACGAACGUCAAAUACGUGAUCAUUUUUUCCGGCGUCAAUGACAUCGGCAGCGCGCCUACAGACGACGCAUCGCAAACGGACAUCGAGAAACGACUACUCGUUGCAUACGAACAGUUCGUGACGCGUGUGCAUGCGGCCGGGAUCCCUGUGUUCGGGGCAACGAUCACGCCGUUCGUUGCGCCGACGGGGGUGGACUCUUUGUAUUCGGAUCCGAGGAGGGAGAAGACGAGGGGACGGGUGAAUGAGUGGAUUCGGACGAGUGGGGUAUUUGAUGAGGUGUUGGAUUUCGAUGCGGUUUUGAGAGAUCCCGACAAUAAGGCGCAGCUGAGGGAGGAGUAUAACUCGGGGGAUUAUUUACAUCCAAAUGUUGCUGGGUAUCAGAGGUUGGCAGAUGCCUUUCCGUUGGGUGUAUUUGGUAGGAAUUAUUGA